CCAUCAUAUCUGACUCUGUGUGUGUGUGUGUGUGUGUGUGUGUGUGUGUGUGUGUGUGUGUGUGUGUGUGUGUGCCUCUGCCAUGCUGCCCGAGCGCCAUAACAUCGGAUCUCUGCGGACACGACAGUAAAUGUGAUGUAUCGGCAUUUCCUGUCCCCGGCAAAACCCGCAAUAUUCUAAGACGUCGCACACGGGAUUUAAGAUCCGGGAAGGGACGCUGUGACCCCGGUGCGAGCCCGCAAACCUGCGUCAGAGGCCGGGCUUCAGGAAUGAGACGGUGUCACUGAGGAUUUUUACUUUUCUUCGAGAUUGACUCGAGGCUUGCGUGGAGCAGUCGGGCGGCGGUGGCAUGGCCUUGUCGUUUUGCGGCAACGACCCGGGUAUCAACUCCUACAGCGUGGACUCGGGCGUGCUGAACAAUGGCUGCUUCGUGGACGCUCUCAACCUGGUUCCCCAUGUCUUCCUGCUCUUCAUCACCUUCCCCAUCCUCUUCAUCGGUUGGGGCAGUCAGAGCUCCAAAGUCCAGAUCCAUCACAACACAUGGCUUCAUUUCCCCGGACACAACAUGAGAUGGAUCCUCACCUUCUCGCUGCUCUUUGUCCACGUGUGCGAGUUCGCAGAGGGCAUCGUCUCCAACAAGAUGAUGGACACCAACCACCUCCAUCUCUUCAUGCCAGCCUUCAUGGGGUUCGUUGCAGCCACGACGUCAGUGGUUUACUACCACAACAUCGAGACAUCCAACUUCCCCAAACUGCUGCUGGUCCUGUUCAUCUACUGGGUGCUGGCGUUCAUCACAAAGACCAUUAAGCUGUGGAAGUUUGCAGUGUAUGACGUUGGACCUCAGCACCUGCGGUUCUGCAUCACAGCCCUAUUAGUGAUCCUGUACGGACUGCUGAUGGCCGUGGAGAUCAACGUCAUUAGAAUCAGAAAAUACGUGUUCUUUGCCAACCCCCAGAAGGUGAAACCACCAGAGGAUUUGCAGGAUUUGGGGGUUCGCUUUCUGCAGCCGUUUGUCAACCUGCUGUCUAAGGCGACAUACUGGUGGAUGAAUCCUCUCAUCAUUGGAGCCCAUAAAAGGCCCAUAGAGCUGAAGAAGAUCGGCAAGCUGCCCAUCGCCAUGAGAGCCCUCACCAACUACCUACGGCUCAAAGACGCUUAUGAGGAUCAAAGGACACCUGAGGACCCGAAUCGAGCCCCGUCAAUCUGGCUCUCCAUGUACCGAGCAUUUGGUCGUCCCAUCCUGCUCAGCAGCACUUUCCGUUACCUGGCCGAUCUGCUGGGCUUUGUCGGGCCGCUCUGCAUCUCUGGCAUCGUAAAGUACAUGCAGAAUGGAACACAUACUGCACCGCCAGACAAGAUGAAGGGGACAUUUUUAGGCGUGUACUUCAUGUCUACCACUGAGCUGCUGCAGAACACCUCAGUCCUGGCCGUGCUUCUCUUCCUGGCUUUAAUCCUGCAGAGGACCUUCCUACAGGCCUCGUACUACGUCACCAUAGAGACCGGCAUCAACCUGCGGGGAGCCCUACUGGCGAUGAUUUACAACAAGAUCCUGCGUCUGUCCACCUCCAACAUGUCCAUGGGGGAGAUGACACUGGGGCAGAUCAACAACCUGGUUGCCAUAGAGACCAACCAGCUGAUGUGGUUCCUCUUCCUCUGCCCCAACCUGUGGGCCAUGCCUGUGCAGAUCGUGAUGGGAGUGAUCCUGCUCUACUAUUUGUUGGGCUGCAGUGCUUUGGUUGGAGCAGCUGUCAUAGUUCUGCUGGCUCCAGUCCAGUAUCACAUCGCUACCAAGCUGGCAGACACACAAAAGAGCACACUAGAACACUCAACAGAUCGUCUGAAAAAGACCACAGAGAUUUUAAAGGGCAUAAAGCUGCUGAAGCUGUACGCCUGGGAGAACAUCUUCUGUGACAGCGUGGAGGACACUAGAGGCAAAGAGCUCACGAGUCUUAAGACCUUCGCCUUCUACACAUCCAUGUCCAUCUUUAUGAACGCUGCUAUCCCCAUCGCUGCCGUUCUUGCGACGUUUGUGACGCAUCACUUCCUUAAUAAAGUUGGCCCCACUCCUUCUGAGGCCUUCGCAGCUCUGGCGUUGUUCCACAUCCUGGUCACCCCUCUGUUCCUGCUCUCCACUGUGGUCAGAUUUGCCGUCAAAGCUCUGGUCAGUGUCCAGAAGCUCGGUGAGUUUCUUCAGAGUGACGAAAUUGGAGACGACUGCUGGAGAAAUGGAGACAUGUCUCUUUCCAUGGAAGCAGGAAAGAAACACCUGGGAGUGACCAAAGCCAUCAACAGGAAGCAGCCAAUGCGCUACCAGAUGGACCACUACGAGCAGCCGACCAGGCGACAGAUGAGGCCCACGGAGACAGAGGAUGUGGCUGUAAAGGUGAGCAAUGGAUUCUUCACGUGGGGAAGCAACCUGUCCACGCUGUCAGACAUCAACAUCCGCAUCCCCACAGGUCAGCUGACGAUGAUUGUAGGCCAGGUGGGUUGUGGGAAAUCCUCCCUGCUGCUGGCCAUGCUGGGCGAGAUGCAGACCAUCGAUGGAAGAGUCUACUGGAGCAACAAGAACAGAUACUCUGUGGCCUACGCUACCCAGAAGUCCUGGCUGCUCAAUGCUACAGUGGAGGAAAACAUCACCUUCGGCAGCCCAUUCAACAAACAGAGGUACAAGGCCGUGAUUGAUGCCUGCUCUCUGCAGCCAGACAUUGACCUGCUGCCUUUUGGAGAUCAAACUGAGAUUGGAGAGAGGGGCAUCAACCUGAGUGGAGGUCAGAGACAGAGAAUCUGUGUGGCCAGAGCUCUCUACCAGAACACCAACAUUGUCUUCUUGGACGAUCCCUUCUCAGCGCUGGACAUCCACCUCAGUGAUCACCUGAUGCAGGAAGGAAUCCUCAAGUUCCUGCAGGAUGAUAAACGGACUGUAGUCCUGGUCACCCACAAACUGCAGUACCUCAUACACGCAGACUGGAUAAUAGCGAUGAAGGACGGCUCUGUGCUGAGAGAGGGGACGCUGAAGGACAUCCAGACUCAUGACAUCGAGCUUUACGAUCACUGGAAGACCCUGAUGAACAGACAAGACCACGGCCUGGAGAAGGACGUACAGCAGGACAGUCAAACAACACUAGAGAGGAAAACACUGAGGAGAGCUUUCUACUCCAGAGAGGCCAAGAACCAAAUCGACGACGAGGACGAAGAGGAAGAAGAAGAGGAGGAAGAUGACGACAACAUGUCCACAAUGACAAACAGAAGAUCAAAGAUCCCAUGGAGGGUGUGUUGGUGUUACCUGUCCUCUGGUGGCUUCCUCAUGGUCUUCCUGAUGGUGUCCUCUAAACUUCUCAAACACUCUGUCAUCGUUGCCAUCGACUACUGGCUGGCCAUCUGGACUUCCUCCAAAACCGAUCAGGCUAAUACAGGAACAGACGCGGCAAAUGGAACCAGCCUGGCUGACAGUUUUAGUGGGAACGGCACGCUGCCCACGCCCACGCCCACGCCCACGCCUAACCUGGUGGAUGAGGCCGACUCCCACUAUCUGCCGGUGUUUAUCGUCCUGUGUGCGGCUGGAAUCACGCUAUGCCUCAUCACCUCUCUCACUGUGGAGUUUCUGGGUCUGUCCGCAGCCACCAGCCUGCACCACAACCUGCUCAACAAGAUCAUCCACGCCCCCAUCAGGUUCUUUGACAUCACUCCCCUGGGACAGAUCCUCAACAGAUUCUCUGCGGACACCAACAUCAUAGACCAGCAUAUUCCUCCAACACUGGAGUCUUUGACCAGAUCCACGUUGCUCUGUUUGUCAGCCAUCGGGGUCAUAUCCUCCAUCACUCCACUCUUCAUGGUCGCCUUGCUUCCCCUGGGCGUGGCCUUCUACUUCAUCCAAAAGUACUUCCGAGUGGCGUCCAAGGACCUGCAGGACCUGGAUGACUCCACACAGCUGCCCCUGCUCUGCCACUUCUCUGAGACCGCUGAAGGGCUCACCACUAUAAGAGCAUUUAGACACGAGGCUCGUUUCAAGCAGCGUAUGCUGGAGCUGACAGACACCAAUAACACCGCCUACCUGUUUCUGUCUGCCGCCAACCGCUGGCUGGAGGUCCGAACGGACUACCUCGGAGCAGUGAUCGUGCUGUCAGCAGCAGGAGCCGCCAUAUGGAGCCCGAUGAAGUUGACCUGCGUAGGCCUGGUGGGCCUCGGACUUACGUACGCCCUCACUGUCACCAACUACCUGAACUGGGUGGUGAGGAACCUGGCAGACCUGGAGGUCCAGAUGGCGGCUGUGAAGAAGGUCAACAGCUUCCUCAGCACAGAGUCAGAGAACUACGAGGGAUCUAUGGACGCCUCCCAGGUGCCUGAGAACUGGCCUCAGACCGGUGAGAUAAAGAUCCAGGACCUGUGUGUGCGCUACGACCCCAUGCUCAAACCAGUGCUCAAACACGUCAACAUGUACAUCGAGCCCGGCCAGAAGGUGGGAAUCUGUGGUCGCACCGGCAGUGGGAAGUCGUCUCUGUCGUUGGCCUUCUUCAACAUGGUGGAUAUUUUUGAAGGGAAGAUCGUCAUCGACGGGAUUGACAUCUGUAAACUUCCUCUGCAGACACUCAGGUCGCGACUGUCCAUCAUCCUCCAGGACCCUGUGUUAUUCAGCGGAUCAAUAAGGUUCAAUCUGGAUCCAGACAAGAUGUGCACUGAUGAUCGACUCUGGGAGGCGCUAGAGAUCGCCCAGUUGAAGAACAUGGUGAAAGCUCUGCCUGGAGGACUCGACGCCGUUGUCACAGAAGGCGGAGAGAACUUCAGCGUCGGUCAGAGGCAGCUCUUCUGUUUGGCCCGAGCUUUUGUCAGAAACAGCAGCAUCCUCAUCAUGGACGAAGCCACAGCGUCUAUAGACAUGGCCACGGAGAACAUCUUACAGAAAGUGGUGAUGACAGCGUUUGCAGACAGAACAGUCGUCACAAUCGCACACCGUGUCCACACCAUCCUAACAGCCGAUCUGGUCAUUGUGAUGAAGCGAGGGAACAUUUUGGAGUACGACAAACCUGAGACUCUUUUGGAGCAGGAGGACGGGAUGUUUGCUUCGUUCGUCCGGGCUGACAUGUAGACACACACGAGUCGGUCAGCAAGGCCCUAAAAACUCACAAACUGAUGAGUCGGAUCAAUCUACUUAUUUUAGUUUUCUUAAUGAGGCGGACAGACCUCUGUGACACUACAACACUCCAGUGAAGCCAAUAAUGUGAGUCUUUAACAAGAAGCUUCUCAGAUCCAGAAACAUCAUCUAUCAGCAGUUUACGAGUCGAUAAAUUGUACUUGAAUCGUCAGUCGCCAAAUAAAUACAUAAUGCCUUUUUUAACAUAGAAAUGACAUGAAGGAACACCGUACGUCGUCAUAUAUCAAGUCCAUCAGUCAGUUUAUCCCGUUUUCAUAUUGUAAAUCAGCAGAUACACAUAUCCAAAGAGUUUUUACAAUGUUAAAAAAUUAAGAUAUUUUUGGAUUAUUGAUAUUUAAGCAGCCAGUAUUAAGAGUAGUAGAAAAUAUGAAAUUUAAAAAAAAAAGGUUUUUGUGUCCUAGAUAUAAAAUAUGAUGCUAAUGGCUACAUCUUGAUUUUGUCAGAGAUAACUUGAGCUAAAUAUAGCUGCAAGAUAACAGACUAAUAUCGUUCUUGUGGUGUAGGACUGAGAAUACUGAAAGAAUAUCGCCAAAAUUAUUCAAAAAUUAAUGUCAACAAAUCCUAUGAAAAGAUCAAAACCACCAAACGCUACAUGGACACUCAGCCGUAGUCUGUCUCUGAAUACUUCUUAACUUCCUGUCUGUAGCUUUCAGCCCUGAGCCCAUUCCUACUGAAGACUUUUUUGUAAAUGCACAGUUAAAUUUUAAAAAACAAAGCCUCGGUAAUUUUCUUAAAGAGCUUGUCACAGUUUUUUAUCAAACAAGCAGGAGAAAACUGUGCAUCUGUCAGACCCCAGUACACACAAUACUUGUCAGUAGAUACAUUCACUAGUGGUUAUGUUUCUUUUCAUGGAUUUGUUGACAAUAAGAAAAAUAUACAACAUCUCCAGACUGAUGAUUUGAAGGGGACUGAUAUGUUUUUCAUUCUGGACCCUAUUUUCCUGUUUUUGUUCCUAACUGACGAAUGGGAACAACAGGUUUUGAGACUGGUCCAGUGCUGAGUCAGAGCUGCAACGUGAUCACUCAGAGCACAAGAUAUGCACCAUUAAUGUACGUACACUAUACAUGUUUUUGUCACUGACAGGCUCAGAUUGUUACUCUGAGUUUCUGACACCAUUAUGGAAAUGAUCCCUAGAAGAGAUAGACCUUUUUGUUUAACCAGAAACAGGCCCGAAAUCCAUUCGUCUGUUUUCAACUCUUCAGUUGAAAACAGACGAAUGGAUUUUGUGUCACAAGGGUAGCAGGCUUAGCAAAGUGUUACUCUCCCCAGCAACACUUUCCAGCUCCUCCUGGGGGACCCCAAAGCAUUCCCAGGCCAGAUAUGAGACAAGUUAUCCCUCCAAUGGUCCAAAGGUCCCUCCGCAACCUCAUUCUUUCGGUCACUACCCAGAGCUCAUGACCAUAGGUGAGGGUUGGGACGUAGAUGGACCAGUAAAUGGAACGCUUUGCCUUCUGGCUCAGCUCCCUCUUCACCACGAUAGUCCAGCGCAGUGCCCGCAUCACUGCAGACGCCGCACCAAACUGCUGUUUUAUCUCAUGCUCCAUUCUACCCUCACUGUGAACAAGACCCCGAGAUACGUGAACUCCUUCCUUUGGGACAGUAACUCACUUUCAACCCGGAGGGGGCAAUCCACAGUUUUCCGGCAGGGGCGGAGACCUCAUCGCCAAAGCUACCAAACUCCAUUUUAUCAUUAUUAAAACACACUUCAUUACAAGUCGACGGAAACAAAAUAAAACUCGCCAAAAACAUCUUGGUCCGUCUUUUUACUGUUCCAACAAUCACCAGCUUUGGUAUGGUUGUAAUAAACCUUAAAUUUACUCAGUUAAAUGUGAAACUAUGCUGCCUCUAUACACACUAAAAUUACCGUUUAUUUAAAUUGAGUCUGGUGGUUUGGGUGAUAGUGGUUUCAAAGCUGUUUCUGGUUAAACAAAAAGGAUCUUACUCUUUAACAAAAAGCUCUAUCUCUGUCGGGAUCCUUUCCAUGAUGUUGUCAGACACUUAUAUUAACAAUCUGACCCUGUCAGUGACAAAAACAAACACUUCAAGUGGACGUACACUAAUGAUGCGAACACGAGUUUCAAAAAAUUUUGUUCUCAUUAGUCACUCACACACAAAAACACGGAAAAAAUAGGGUCCAGGUUUAAAAAUACCAAAGUCCCCUUUAAGUUCUGUCCCUGUCCAGGACCUCCGUCCAUCAGCAUAUCAUCUGAAAAUCAAUCACGAUCAGUGAAGUGAUCAAGUUUGAACUCUCAUUGACCAGAUGAGUUAAAUAAGAAGUGUAUUUAAAUGCAGUUUAGUUUUAAUUUCAGGUGUUUGAUAAUGAUAUGUGAAGACUUUGGACACUCACUGUGUCCGUUGAUCUCUGGAUUUAUACUGCAGAGUUGUUUAUUAGAUAGUUUUAGACUGAGCUGAACUUUUAGCUUCUGUAAGGAUCAUUUUAAAUUUAUAGAGUUUAAAAAGUCUUUAAUUAUCUUUUUAAAAUAUUUGUUACGUUUAUAUACAUGUCACGUAUUAGUUUUAUUACUCGUCAGCACUCGUAUUAUGCAAUAAUAAGGAAAAAUCCUUUUUAAAAAGACUGAAUGAUGUUUCUGUGCUCUGCAUACAUGAAUGCAUUGUGCAUUCUGUCACUGUAAAGAAUUUAAUAAUGAUAUGUAAUAUUUUAGACCCUGGUGUAGUAUGCGCUGCAUUUUUAUGUUAAGUUUCUGCCACAGAGGUAAGACUGAUAGAAGAGGCAGUUUUUAUAAACUCUCGCCUGAGGCUGCAUUUAUAUCAGACGUUAGAGAACAGGGUGACGUCUCAAAGCUUUUGGACUGUGAAGUGGAUUUCUGUCUCCUGAACAAGUGCGACAAAGAAGGAAAUCAUCACUGAAGGAUCGAAGGCAUUUUGAUGUCUGUUUUAAAAACUUUUUUGCAACUUGUGAUCCCAAAAAAGAGACACUGGACUUUCAGAUGUCCUCAAUCUACUUGGAAUUUCCACCAGGAGGUCGACCUGUGUGUCUUUUCACAGUUUUGGUAAACACAUGCAUGGGACAAGAUCAGCAGACAUCUUUCUACAACUAACUUUGGUGUAAAGAAGGCGGAAAUAUACCAGAAACAAAUCCAGAAUUUGCUCAUUCAAACAAACAAAUAGCUGAUUUAGACUUCACAGCUCUGUAGAACGCUCCCUUUAUUCUUUUUACUGUAUUAUAUUUAGUAAAAGUAUGACCCAAAACUGGCUUCUCAUCGGCUACAAAGCUUUCAGACUGGCCGACAAAAGGCUUGAUUUGAAAUGAUUGAUUAAUUCCUUGUAAUUCAGGUAAAGAUUUCUGCAUUUAUAAACCCUUUUAGGGCCGGUGUCACGAUAACAACAGUUUGUUAGCUGGAGGCAGUACAUGCCUCUCCCCCACAGGGCUGUAGGCUACACAGGAGUCUUAAAAUGUGUUUGUCUUGUUGUGUUAUUGGGAGCCAGAAUAGAAGGAGUCAUGGCUCAAAACCAGCCGCCACUGCCCGUCAACAAAAACAAAGAUGGUUAAAUGUGAUAAGACCAAAGGACUGGACGGAGGCCAUCAUCAAAAAUGCUCACAUGUGCAGCGCACACUUCAUAUCAGGUUAGGGAAAAAGUAUUUCCUGUUGUAGGGAUGAAUAAGGUUAUGUGUAUUAAGGGUUAUCAUGUCCACCUCAUCAGAAACUGGGGAGGGAUUAAGAGGAAUAUUGGAUUUCUCUGGAACGCUAACUUUUUAGCACAUUAGCUAACAUUAGCUUCCAUAGCAAAACAAACAAGUGUGGUCCUCCUUUGUAAGAUUGGCUUCCUGUGACAUCAUCCAUCCACUGAGUGAGAGCAUACGGGUCGGCCAGUCUGGUCCCGUUGGUCAGUGUUUACUUAUUCAAGUAACACUGGCGGUCCCGGAGAGUGAGUGACCUGACAUGGUGCGUUGGUAAAUUCAGUCUGACGCUCUACACUAACAUGAGAGCCCUGUUGGUGGAAGAAACGCAGCGUUAUAUUUCUAUAUGAAUUAACGAAUGCUUACAGAGUGCACUCUGACACUCGGAGAGUGUGGUGCUCUGGAUAACCAAACGGUUCAUUCAGACAGCGCUCCAAAUUUGUCCCAGAUUGCGCUCCAAUACUCGGAAUGAGUAUUUCUGAACACACGCUCACAUCAUCUUCAUCCAUCGUCUAAAACAAGCCAACAGAACUUGCUAGUUAGCGCUAGCUAAUGUCUGUGGAGAACUGUUUUGCCUCCAGCUAAGCCCCGCCCACCAACGGUAAAAUUGUUUAUCCUACCUUUUAAGCAACUGCAACAACACACCGUGUUCAUUUAACCAAAUUUCUGAUUUCAUUUUUAUGAUUUAGAAUUUAUCACAUUUGAUAUUUUUAAAUUGAACCAGGGAAGAAAAAUCUAUUACAAAUUAGCUAGAAACAAUUUUAUAAAGAAACCUGAGCGAGCAUGAGUUCAGAGCAAUAAAAAAAUUGCCAAGCUGAAUAUCAUAUUUCUGGUAUACUUCCACCUCGUCUCUAUCAGUUGUGUUUCUGUGCCUACACUAGUACAAACACUGUAGGGUGUCUCGGCUCAGGCUGGAGCCGGUGAACCCGCUGUCUGUCUGCGGUCAUGCUUUGCUGAACUUAUUAUCCUUGGAGACAAUAGACGCCCAACAUGAGUUCCUGUUAACUCCAGAGAUGUUUAAAGGUUAUCGUGUAUUGACAGUGAUUUUUUAAAUACUGAAGAGAUGCAGUGGAAACUUUCGGAACUGUAUUUUUUACACUGUUUUUUUUUUUUAUUCCAUUGUCUUGAGAUCACUAGCUUUGAAAUUAUUAACUCUUGAUCUUGAAUUAAUGGCAUAAAAAAAACCUAAAGUGCAAACACAGCUGUUGUGGGCUUGCACACGGACUUUAGUCGGCCACAAACAUGACUUCACCAUAACCAAUCAGAUGUUGUGUUUUCAGUUUGUUCUGCUGCCCCCUAGUGGCCAAAAAAAUCUUAUAGCAGAUGUUAAAACUUGCUUACAAGAUCAUUUUUCAGUGUUUCCUGGGACUUGUGGUCGACUCACGAGAACCCUAAAAACUUAUUGUGUAAACAGUCUUCAACUUUUGACUCCUUUCAGCUAACUCGACUUUAUUCAGUGCAGUCUAACACUGAUUGCACUGAUGAUUCAGUUCAGAGAGUGUUGGAGUUAGAGGUGAUAAGAAGUCAGUUUUUAUUUAUAUUUCCCUUCUCAUAGAGAAUUAAAAGAAACGACCAAUACCACAUUAGAUCUUAAUCAAACAGCUGGUUAGCUUCGCUUAGCUUAGCUUAGCUCAAAGACUGGAUACAUACUGAAACUUUCCACUUUGUAGAGUCUCAGCUCAGCCUGUUGAUUCGAGCCAUCUCUGUAAGUCUUUCUAGAAUCACUGGUCUCUGUGGGAGCUGCUAUUGUCCCUUUAUUGUAUUAUUGUGAUCGAUCAUACUCUGCUUAUAAAUGAGAUUUUAAAAUGACUUUGUACUGUACAGACUAAAUGCCAAAUAGAUUAUUUUGCAAGAAUUUCAGCUUUUGUUAAGAUUUCAAAUAUUGUACCUGCAGAUGUUUCAUCUCAGAAAGUUGCUCUGUGUUGUUUUCCUCUGGUACACAACAUAUUGUUUCACCUGUUUGUUUCUGCAGUUCCUCCUCUUCCUCCUCCAUCUUCUCUUUUCUUAACCCUCAGAGACCUGCCGGAUCGCUGGUGGUGUUAGGCGACCUUGACUUUUCACUUCAAGAUAUCUGACUGAAAAUGGCUUCUAUAGAUGCCCAUGAGUCUCCCCUUUAUACAUGCCCACUUUAUGAAUAUCUCUACAUACUUGCGUCUUUAAUCAGUCUUUGAAUUGCAUAAAUUGGGUCGGACCACAAAGCUGAGACUCUUCUGGAUUCAAUAAGCCCAGUUUUAUCCAUGUGUGAUGAUGUCAGUCUCCACAGCAGCCGUUUUAGUGUAAUGAGUCAAUUUUUAAAACUUGACCUCACUGUAUAAAAUGACCUGUAGUGACCUCUAGGAUGAUCACAGCCUUAUGAAACUUCAUAAUCAUAAACGAGAGACGUCUGGUAUUCAGAGGAUGUUUGGCUUUCAUAGGUAUGUUGACAACAAACAGGUUUUUUAGCAUUUUCCAGAACAGCCAACUUCCAGGAAAAAUGUUGGCAUUGUAACUUUAUGCAAACUUUAUUCUCCGGUUCCGCUUAUCCUGUUAGGGGUCGCGGGGGGCUGGAGCCUAUCCCACCUGACAUCAGGCGAGAGGCAGGGUUCACCCUGGACAGGUCAGCAGACUAUCACAGGGCUGACACAUAGAGACAGACAACCAUUCACACUCACAUUCACACCUACGGACAAUUUAGAGUCAGAAAAGAUAAGGUUUUGGCUUAAAAUACCCACUUUUGGUGGCACUAUCCUGUCUGGAAACACAGCAGUGUCUGUAAAAAAUACAACUGCAUUUCCUUGUAACAUCCCCACUGGUAAUGCAGCAAUGUCUUGAUAAUAAGCAACCGUUUGUUAUUGCACUAUCUCCAGUUGAAACCUGCAACAGGUGGUAAAAAAAACCAGUUUGGCGGCUAGAAAGCAGCUGGAAACUCAGCAACGAACCACAGCUUUUCUAUGUAAUAUCCUGGCUGGAAAUGCAGUGAUUUCUCAUUAAAAAUGACCGCUUUUGUCAUGCUAUCCCUGCUGGAAACGCAGUGAUGUCUCAAUGAAAAAACAACCGCUUUUUGUCGCAUUAUUCGCGCUGGAAACACAUCAAUGUCUUGUUAAGAAAAGAACUGCUUUUAUUUGUAAUAUCCUGGCUGGAAAUGCAGCAGUGUCUUCUUUAAAAGCAACCACAUUUGUCACACUAUUCCCGACUGAAAAUGCAGCAAUGUCUUGUUAAAAACAACCGCUUUUUAUGGCACUAACCCCGGUGAAAACACAGCGACUGGUCACUUAGCAGCACCCACAUUUGACGGCUAAAAAGCAGCUGGAAACUCAGCAAUGAACCACUGCUUUUUGUUGCACCAUCCCGGCUGGAAAUGCAGCGAUGUCUCGUUAAAAACAACCGCUUUUCAUGGCACUAACCCCGGUGGAAACACAGUAAUAUCCUGGCUGGAAAAAUAUCAAUGUCUCUUUUAAAAACAACCGCUUUUGUCAUGCUAUCCCCGCUGGAAACACAUUGUUGUCUUGUUAAGAAAAUAACUGCUUUUCUUUGUAAUAUCCUGGCUGACAAUGCAGCGAUGUCUCAUUAAAAACAACCGCUUUUCAUGGCACUAACCCCGGUGGAAACACAGCGACUGGUCACUAAACAGCACCCACAUUUGACAGCUAAAAAGCAGCUGGAAACUCAGCAACACACCACCACUUUUCUGUGUAAUAUCUUGGCAGGAAACACAUCAAUGUCUUAAAAGACAACUGCUUUUCACGACGUUUGAAACUUCUACUGACCUGAUAUCUCCUCCUAAAGAUCCUCUGCCCCCCUGUAAAACACACAGACGGCUCUGUGUUGGGUCUCUGAGGGUUAAAGACUGAGAGUGUUCUUCCUGUUCUUUGAUCCUCGUUCAGUCUGGACUCGUUUCAUAAAUCUUUGGUGUUUAGUUUUUACUGCAGGUGUGCAUCUGGACGUGAAUCUGACACACUGCUGCUGCCUCGUAAAUUCUUCGCCUCACACCCUGAACCAUAAUUUGACUCCGAGUUGAUGUCAGAGCAAAAACAGAUGAAUAGAUGGAAAGACAAAUUAUUUUUCUUUCAUAUCGUGUUUGGACACAGCAGAGACCGAUUUAACUGAUUUAAUGAAAACAUGUUUCAGUAUCAUUUUUGUAUCCCGUCUUUAGUUUCAGGAGAAAAAACUUCAUAUUUCAAAUUCAUUCAUUUAUGUUUUAUAUUGACAGUUCACUACAUGCAUGUAACACACAGUGAACAUCACACACACACACACACACUCUGUCAGACUCCUCUUAUAUGACUGUUAACGAUUUUUUAAAUGUAUGUAAAUGUACAUUCUGUAUAUCCAAGACUUUUGAAACAUAUAACAAAGUAUUAUUAUGUGUGCCUUUUUUUUUUUUUACACUUGACAUGAUAAUAAAACGGU